CCUGCGUGUGGGGCACUCUCCUGCUCUGCCAUCGGGGUGCUGCGGGGUCCCGUGCUGCGGGGUCGGGAUCUCUGUGCUCUGUGCAGGCGCUGAUUCCCAGCUCGCUGUGCUCCUCGGAGAGCCCCGUGUCUGCAGGUCCUGGUAGAGGUGGCAGCAUGGACGGGCAGGACCCAGCCCUGGGCUGUGAGCGUGAGCAGAAGGGGCAGCCAGCUUUCACCUGGGAAGUGCAGGCCAACAACAGAGCCCACCACGAGCAGCUCAGGAAGAAAUCUGCCUUCUGCGUGAGCAAGAAGAAAUACGCGGGCAAUGCCAUUAAGACGGCCAAGUACAACGUCCUCACCUUCCUCCCGCUGAACCUCUACGAGCAGUUCCACCGCAUGGCCAACGUCUACUUUGUCUUCGUCAUCCUCCUGCAGACCUUUCCUGAGAUCUCCACGCUGCCCUGGUACACUCUGCUCUUCCCCCUGAGCUGCCUUCUCACCAUCCGUGCCCUACGGGACCUGAUGGAUGACAUUGGCCGACACCAAAGUGACAGAAACAUCAACAGCAGGCCCUGUGAGAUCCUGUCUGGGGAGAGCUUCCGCUGGCAGAAGUGGCGCGAUGUCUGCGUUGGGGACGUCGUCCGCCUGCACAAGGACAGCCUCGUCCCAGCCGACAUGCUCCUGCUGUGCAGCUCAGAGCCCAGCAGCCUCUGCUACGUGGAGACCUGUGACAUCGAUGGAGAAACAAACCUGAAGUUCAGACAAGCCCUCCUGGUCACCCACCAGGAGCUGACAAGUGAGGAGAGCUUGGCUGCCUUUGAUGGGAGAGUGAGCUGCGAGGAGCCCAACAGCCGCAUGCACAGCUUCACUGGUGUGCUGCAGUGGAGAGGCGAGACGCACGCGCUCGAUGGCGACAGGAUUCUGCUGAGGGGCUGCAAACUCCGCAACACCGACACGUGUUACGGCUUGGUUCUCUAUGCAGGAUCUGAUUCUAAAAUUAUGAGGAACUGUGGAAAGAUCAAGAGGAAGAAAACCAAGCUGGACCGCAUGAUGGACCGCCUGGUGGUCAUGAUCUUUCUGGUGCUGCUGGUCACAUCGCUGUGCCUCGCCAUUGCCUCAGGGUUCUGGGCCAAGAUGUUCCAAGAGAAACACAGCUACCUCGCUGCUCUCUAUAAGCACACGACUCCUGCCAAGCAGGCUUUCUUCAGCUUCUGGGGCUUCACCAUUCUCCUGAGCGUCAUCCUACCCAUGUCCAUGUAUAUCACGUUUGAAUUCAUUUACCUGGUAAACAGCUUUUUCAUCAACUGGGAUUUGGAGAUGUAUUAUGCUGCCAAGGACAUCCCAGCCAAAGCCAGGAGCACCAGCCUCAACGACCAGCUUGGCCAGGUGGAGUACAUCUUCUCGGACAAGACGGGCACCUUGACGCAGAACAUCAUGAGCUUCAAGAAGUGCUGCGUCAACGGGAGCAUCUACGGUAACUUGUGGUGGUGGCAGGUUGGUAGGGAUUGCAGAGUUGGGUUGAGGCCAGGCUUUGGCUGGAGGUCAUUCUGCCAUGGGGAGAAGAUGUUGGAUCCCAACAACGUGGGGCUCCGGGAAGCAGUGCAACAAAACAAGGAUCCGGUGCUGCGGGAGUUCCUGCGGCUGCUGGCCCUCUGCCACACCGUCAUGGUGGAGGAGAGGGGAGACCAACUGGUUUACCAGGCGGCUUCUCCAGAUGAGGAAGCACUGGUGCUGGCAGCCAGGAGCUUGGGUUACGUCUUCCUGUCCCGAACGCAGGACACCAUCACCAUCAGUGAGAUGGGGGUGAAGAGGACGUUCCAAGUGCUGGCCAUGCUGGACUUCAACAGCGAUCGCAAGAGGAUGUCGGUGUUGGUGAGGGACCCACAGGGCACCAUCCGGCUCUACACCAAAGGGGCUGACACUGUGAUCCUGGAGAGGCUGCGGGGUCGGGGACCCAACCAGGACUUCACCGAGAGGGCUCUGGACCACUUUGCAGAGGAGACCCUGAGGACGUUAUGCCUGGCCAGCAAGGAGCUGAGCGAGGCGGAGUACGACGAGUGGAGCAGGAGGCACCGCAUGGCCAGCAUCCUGCUGCAGGGCCGGGCGUGUGAGCUGGACAGGCUGUACGAGGAGAUGGAGCAGGACCUGGAGCUGCUUGGGGUCACAGCCAUUGAGGACAAGUUGCAAGAAGGGGUCCCUGAGACCAUCCAGCUGCUGAAACUGGGCAACAUCAAAGUGUGGGUGCUGACGGGAGACAAACAAGAAACAGCAAUGAAUGUUGGCUAUGCAUGCAAGCUGCUCACGGAUGACAUGGAGAUCCUGGAGGAGAAGGAAGUGAGUGAGAUGCUCGAGGCUUACUGGGCGAGAAACAACAACGUCAGUGGCAGUGACUGUGCCUCACAGCAGCACCCUGAGCCUCUGUGCCACAAGAAGAGAGCUCUUGUCAUCAGCGGGGACUUUGUGGACACAAUCCUGCAGACAGGAGAGGUGCUACAGAAGAAGGGACAGCUGUGGCAGCACCUGGCUUGCCAUGGGACGACGGACCCCCAGGAGCAGGGCAGUGUGGUGGAGAAGGCCUUUGUGGACCUGGCCACCAGCUGCCAGGCUGUCAUCUGCUGCAGGGUCACCCCCAAGCAGAAAGCUCUCAUCGUGCAGCUGGUGAAGAAGCACAAGAAAGCCACCACGCUGGCCAUUGGGGAUGGGGCCAACGAUGUCAACAUGAUCAAAACUGCUGACAUCGGGGUGGGCAUCAGCGGGCUGGAGGGCGUGCAAGCCGUGCAGUGCAGCGACUUCGCCCUGGCGCAGUUCUGCUACCUGCAGCGCCUGCUGCUCGUCCACGGCCGCUGGGCUUACCUCCGCAUCUGCAAGUUCCUCCGCUACUUCUUCUACAAGACCUUUGCUGGCCUCAUGACCCAAAUCUGGUUUGCUUUUCACAGUGGAUUCACAGCCCAGCCUCUCUAUGAAGGCUGGUUCCUUGCUCUCUACAACGUUUUCUACACUGCCUACCCCGUGCUUUCUGUGGGUCUUCUGGAGCAGGACGUGAGUGCCAAGAAGAGCCUGCGGUUCCCUGAGCUCUACACCAUUGGGCAGCAGGACAAGCUCUUCAAUUAUCGUAUUUUCAGCGUGACGCUCCUGCAUGGUGUCAGCACAUCGCUCACCAGCUUCUACAUCGCGCUCUGGGCCUUUGAGGACCACGUUGGCAGCAGGACUGUGGGGGACUACGAGUCCUUCUCCGUCACGGUGGCCACCUCAGCUUUGCUGUCAGUCCUCGUGGAGAUCAUCCUGGACACCAAGUUCUGGACUGCCUUGUCUUUCCUGAUGGUCACAGCCAGCUUGCUGCUCUUCUGCCUCUUCUCCUUCCUGACCCAGAGCAUCGAUGCCUUCAGGAUCGCCCCCGCUGUCUUCUGUUUUCCAGAUGCCACCCAGAACGCUCUGACCGACCCUUACAUCCUGCUGGUGGUCCUGCUGUCCCUGGUGGUGAACACCAUCCCCUCGCUCACCAUCCGCUCGUACAACGCCAUCACAGGCAACACCAGCAUCCAGCAGAAGAUCUGCUGGAAGGCCAGAAGGGAGCCGGAGCCCUCGGUGGAGCUGCGCACCCACGUCCCCCGUGGCUCCUUCCACCGCCGUUCCACCUAUGCCUUCUCCCAUCAGGAGGGCUACGCUGGCCUCAUCACCCGAGGGGAGAGCCUGCGCACCAAGGGCACCCACAGCACCACCAAGGGCACCCAAGGCACCCACAGCACCACCAAGGGCACCCAAGGCACCCACAGCACCACCAAGGGCACCCAAGGCACCCACAGCACCACCAAGGGCACCCAAGGCACCCACAACACCACCAAGGGCACCCAAGGCACCCACAGCACCACCAAGGGCACCCACAGCACCCACAUCACCACCAAGGGCACCCAAGCUGACCUGGCCACGUCCCGCUGA